UGCAUGUGUGUGUGUGUGUGUGGGGGUGGUAUGAAGGUAGUUAGGCAGGUAGUACUCCCUGAAAUGGUUUCACGUAGCUUUCAUGUCUCUGUUUUGAGUUUGUCUUUCAGUGCCGAGGUCGGAGGCGCCCUCAACGGCACACCCAAUCACGAAUUGCGAUCGGUGGCUUUCCAAGCGCAGCCGAGGCGGGGAGCUGGUGUCGGGACACUUGCUUACCUCCGUGCGCCGAGCUAACUGUCAGGUAUAUUUCUUCCCCGCAAAGAUCCUGUGUGCUUCCUGUUGCUUCAGUUAACAGUCACAGAUGUUUACUGCUAAACUCCAGUGAAGAGUGGUGAAAGUGAGUCCCGCAAAGAUUCCAGGAAAUCUUCCUCGAACAGUUCAACGUCUGCGUAUUCCGGAUUGCUGACAUGGCAGCAAUACGGACACUGUUGUUUGCGGCCGUGUGAAGACUGAGAGAGAUCCAAAAGGUUCCUUCAGCAGAAUGUGAACCCGACUAGUUGGAACAAUGCCCAUUUGCUGCCAUGGUAACAUAGACUCAAGGUAGUUUCCAUUCACAGAUUACACACUCCCCACAAAAGUGUAGUUCUUGUCAGGGUGGGCAUGAGUUUUGCAUGUAGAUUCUUGUGUUUUUCAGAUGCUAGAUAAGGAUAAUUCCAAAGUGCGAGAGGAGUGUGAAUGUUUUGGUGAAAGAAGUUUGAUGGAAACGUUCCAUCAGCAAGGAGGCAUGUGGGAGGGAUUAGUCAGUGAAACAGGGGGCGGAACCCUGAUCAGACCCCGCAGUUUCCCCAAAUUCAGAUCCCACACGCUUUGAGACAUUGUAGCUUAAACACAGGGGGACGCUCGCUACUCUUUUCCUGUUCAACAACAUCACGGCUUGACGGAUAAAGGAAUUUAUGUGUUGUAACAUGGCCUCAUUGAAACAAAUUCUUUAUCUUGGAGUCUGCAUGUCUGCUUGGAUGAUCACUGCUGCAGACGAACAUGCGCCCAAAGCAGAGAAUGUACGUUGGGUGUCUCUGGAUUUUAAAACUCUCCUCACGUGGACUCCGACACCAUCGAACUACACUUUCACCGUCCAGUACUCUUGGGACGACAGUGACUGGAUGAAAAGUCCCAACUGCAUUCAAAUAUCAGAGACGGAAUGUGAUCUGUCCAAAGAACUUGAACCCCUCCACAGGACAUUUAUUGCUGACAUCCAAACAGAACCUGUCGAUAACACUGACUUUGAGCUGGACGAGUUCCCUCACACUUAUUCACCACCCUUCACCCCCUAUGGACAGAGUGAGAUCAGUGCUGCAGAAUUCACCGUGGAAGUUGCGGAAGAGGGUAGAGCGAGUGUGACCAUCGAAGACCCUCUAACCAGUUUUCAUAAAUACGGAAAGCAACUCACCAUCAGAGACAUUCUCAAGAAUGACCUCCAGUACAAGAUCAGCUAUUACAAGUCUGGAAAUACAGGAAAGAGAGACAUCAUAUUUAACUCCAAUAGAGGAGAGGUGUCUGGGUUGGAUGCUGGUCAGAGUUACUGCUUCAUGGUGGCAGCUUUCAUUCCUUCAAGAUCCAAACUGUACCAGCAAGGAGCCUGGAGCAUCCAGCAGUGUACUCCUGGACAGAAGAAUGUCUUGCAAGAGCUGAGUCUUGGAGCUUUGGUUGGUGGACUUUUUAUCCUGGUAACAGUCCUCAUUGUCAUCAUCACAGUGACAGUUCUAUGUUGCAGACGAAGAAACAGAACCUCCCAAAUGUCUCAGUCAUCUACAGUUAUUUAAUUGUUUUAGCAACGUGUGCGCGCGUGAUUGCAUGCAUGCACACAUCCACACGCAUGGCGUUAGGCCUAUUUUAGGGGGGCUUCAGCCCCCCCCCCCCCCCCCUCCCAAUCUUCUUAACCCCCCUAAAUGAUUUGGUUGCUUAAAAAAAAAAUAAAACACAAGUACCAACAAGUGAAUGUUGUUAUUAAUGUUUGAAUUGUUUAUUUGCUUAAUUGUUGUUGUUAAUGUUUUAAUUGGGAGUCAAGAAGAAAAUUCUGAAAUAUUGUCACCAAAGGUAGCUGGUCUUCCUCUUUGUCUGUGUUCACUCCAAGGACAACAGACAUUACAUGGGGAACUUUUUUAAAUUGUGGACAUAAAAUGCUACUUUGUGGCCACGAAAUAGGAAUAACUUGCGCACGAAAUAUUAAAUUACGUGUUUAACAUCAUUCCCAUGAAAGAAAUUAAAUAAGAUUCGCCAUACACUGCAAAAAGUGUGUUUCCAUAUUCCGUAUUCCAGUAGGCUACAUUAAAAGACUUUAAAAUGAGCUCCGAAUGAAAUGACAAAUACAUUUAAUUUUACAACUACGGACCUCUACUACGGAAACAUAGCGGUAUAUAUAUUUAUAAUUUAUUCCUAUAAGUUGAAAAAAAUACCGCAAUUUGAUACACUUUUUUUUUUUUUUUUUUUACAGUUUUAUUGUUUCCUUACAAGGAGCCGACACGGCCGCGUGUCACAAGCGACUACCCAGAUAUAAUAUCUAUAUCUAUAUAUCUAAAAAUAUCUAAAUGAAAGAAAGUUGUAUCUUAUUGUUAUUUUGCUCAAGUUGAAAGAGAUCAUAUAUACCAAACGUCAUCGCAAUCGGAGUUCACCUUAAAGCAUGUCUCCCGCCCCCCGCCCCCCCCCCCCCCCCACACACACACGCCUGUCGUGACUGGGGAUCCGUAUUAUUGUUGGAGCCUUUUUGAUUUUAUAUUUCACAUUUCCAAAAAAAUGGACAACCUUCUUGACCAUGUUGUGUGUUGCACUAUCUAAACAUUUUAUCGUGAGGUUGAGAACGUGGGAGUCGGAAAUUAGGCUUGUACUGUAUAUGUUCACCCGAGAGCACGUGUACCUGGACAUGAAAUAUUUGAGAUUCACCAAUAUGUACUAACAAUCUAAAUAAGCCCAGUUGCAGUUUUCUUAACAUGGGGUUAAGCCUUUUAUUUAUACUGUAAUUCUUUCGAAUUCCUCAAGCAUGUUUCAUAUGAGGUCCACCUUGUGAAAUUACAGCUGCAUUGACGAACUUCUGUUUCACACUGAUGUCACUGACCUCUGUGAUUUCAUUUUCAUUGAUGUCAUUUCUGGAUAAAGCUAACUUUUGUUGAUCAAAAGUAUGCCAAUAAAAGGACAAUUUUAA